CACACACACAGAUACUCUCUCUCUCUCUCUCUCUCUCUCUCUCUCUCUCUCUCUCUCAGACUUGACGCUGAUGGUGUGAUCUGAUCCUUACAUCUGGAGCUGAAGAUCUGCAGCUCUGAUUGCACUCAGUGUUUCAGUUCACCUGCCAUGCCGUCAUCAUCGCCUCUGGAGCUCAUCGCUCUUGCUGAGCACUCUCUCUCGAUUGCUCGACCUCUCUCUUUUUCCAUCACACCUGAGCCUCUCAGUCCGUACACCGAUGGCACAGUGUUGAGCCUCUCGUGGCACGCCGGAACAGCGCGUAGUACCUGCGGGCUCUACCGCAACGCCAUCGUGCUGAUCUGCGUCGGGGGCAGUGUGCUGAUCGGUGGCUUGAUCUUCACUGGCCUCUACUUCGCUGGAAUAUCCAAGACGUACGCCAACAUCCUGGGCCCUAUCAUGCUGUCGUUUGGACUCAUGGUGCUCAUCAUUGGCAUCGUUUUGGUGCCCAUUACUCAUGAAAUGAGGCAAAUCGCCUUUAAGAGAAUGUGCAGCUGGUAUGGAAGUCAGAAUACCGUGUAGGACAGAGACGAGAUGAUGCUCACAAGAAACCUAACCAUAUAAUCAUGGCGAGGAUGAGUGGCUGUGAGGGCGUGAGGACGAAACCUUGAGAACAAUCACAUCACAUCCUCUGGACUCCAUCUUUACCUUCCACAGGAUGUAUGUACAGGCUGGGUAGAACUUACGUACAUGUAUGAACAGGCUGGGUAGAACUUAAGUCCAUGUAUGUACAGGUUGGAUAGAACUUACGUCCAAAAGAUUUCAUUAAUAUUCCCACUCAGAAAGUUUGUUGUAUUCAUAAUUAGGUAACAAAAAAAAUAAGGGAUAGAAAAUAUGGACUGGAUUGACCCUGUGUGAGUGAUGUGCACAUUUUCAGUAUUAAUUUCUCACUUAAACCGUGAAUACAACAUGUCCACAAAGUUCCUUCUGUCUGA